AAUAUUUGUUGUUCUUGUAGCUGCCCUUGAAGCCGCAGUUGAGAAGUUUGUGCCUCCAAAAGAACUCCAAGUGCCACCAGAUAUUGUAAUACCGGAGAGCAAUAAGAUCAAUGCUAUUAUCGAAAGAACUGCCAACUUUGUAGUGAUGCAGGGAGGACAAAUGGAGAUCAUGUUAAAGACAAAACAAUCCUCAAAUCCCCUCUUUGAGUUCCUGAACAUUGAUAAUAGUCUUUGCCCUUAUUAUAAACAUGUCAUAAAGAUGAUAAAAUCUGGGAAAUAUAAGCCAAAUAUUGAAAAUGCUCCCGAUGAUGAAGAUGGAGAAGACCAGAACAGUUACCUCCAUCCGCUGUUGAGCGUGAAACCUGGCAAAGCUGAGGCCCGCAAACCCAUCAAACUUCCUGCUGUUGACAUGCACAAUACUGCUUAUGGGGAUCUCGUCCGAUCCGUGAAGGCAGCCACGGCACGACAUCAGAAUGCUAAGAAGAGUAAAUCCAAAGAUGCUGACACAUCUGACCAGAAACCAACGGUGUCACCAUUCUUGUCUGAACCGAUCUACCCGAACAAUGUACCACCUCCACCUGGAGUCGAACCGGUUACCCUACCCCCUGCUAAUCAACCUGAACCCCCGGGCACUGAUGCCAGUCACACGUCUGGCCCUUCUGCUGAAACCACUGAACAAGCAGAAAGUACAGCGUACGGUGACAAUGGUUCGCCAAAGGGCCACAUUAUACCCCCGCCACCUGAUGUCCAACCUGUUAUCGACAAGAUGGCCCUCUACGUAGCCAAAAAUGGCAUUGAGUUUGAAAUAGUGGUGAAGAACAAAUGCGACCCUCGAUUUGAAUUCCUCAUGGAGGAUCACCUCCACUACUCUUACUAUGAAUUUAAAAAGAACUUACAUAUGAAGGAAUUUGAGCAAGAGAAAUCGAAAUCUGAAGAACAGAAGGCCUCCCAAAAUAAAGGGGUCAGUUUCUCAAUAAAGACCAAGACGAAGGAACAGGAGAGUGUGUCAUUUGAGAAACGACCGGUGUUUAGCUACGAGAGUAGCGAAGAAGGGAGUGAAGUGGAUGAGUUGAAGCCAACCCAGUCCAGCAGCCCCAUUGUAGAAAUGGUCGAGAAUCAGGUGAAGAAGGUGGAGGCCAAAAUGGUGGCAGAGGAGAAAGUGGAGGGACGAGAAUCCAAUCAUGACAGCAUGAGCAGGAAAAUGGGUGAGUUCUCCCCUUAUUGUUUUGUUUGUAUUGAUAAAUUAAGUACCAGUUACGUACUGGGGGUCGAUGUAAUCGACUUAAUCCCUUUGUCUGUCCUUGUUUGUUCCCUCUAUGUUUAGCCCCUUGUGGGCAAUAAAGAAAUUAGAAACGGGCGAAAUGCUUAGCGGUAUUUCGUCUGCCGUUACAUUCUGAGUUCAAAUUCCACCGAGGUCGACUUUGCAUUUCAUCCUUUCGAGGUCGAUAAAUUAAGUACCAGUUGCAUACCGGGGUCA